CACAUACACCCAGAUCUGGCAAUUCGAGGAUACAGGAAAUUUUCCGUGCGACUGUGAAGAGCCUUUUUGAGGUACUUACCCAAUCCGUACUUUUUUUCCAUGUGACGUCUUCAGAAUGAUUUGGCUGGCCUGGCUGUCAGCGAUCGCAAUACAUCCACCAUAGUCCUUCUUAUAUAUAGGAGUGAUGGUGGACUUUAUGUCAAUUCUUCAUUCACUUUCUCUCCUCAGCUUAUUUGCUUAUUUACUUGCUUGCCCCACAUACUGAUCUACAAUUAGCAUCAUGUCCGCCAACGACACCUACCAAGACCCGCUGAACUCGCGGUACUCCAGCAAUGAGAUGAAAUAUCUCUUCAGCCCGCGUAACCGCUUCAGCACUUGGCGCCAACUGUGGAUCUGGCUGGCAGAGAGUGAGAAAGAGCUGGGCUUGGACAUCACCGAUGAAGCUAUCCAGCAGAUGAAGACCAGCCAGAUCAUUCAGGAUGAGGAAUUCAAAGUUGCCGCCGAGGAAGAGAAGAAGAGGAGACACGAUGUCAUGGCACAUGUUCACGCUUUCGGAUUGAAGGCACCCGCUGCCGCCGGUAUCAUCCAUUGGGGAGCCACGAGCUGUUAUUGUACUGACAACGCCGACCUGAUUUUCCUACGUGAUGGCCUGGACAUCUUGCUACCCAAAUUGGCCACUGUUAUUGAGAAGCUUUCCACAUUUGCCAAAGAGAACAAGGACUUGCCGUGCUUGGCCUAUACUCAUCUGCAGCCAGCUCAGCUGACCACAGUCGGAAAGCGAGCGUGCUUGUGGAUUCAAGAUCUUUUGAGAGAUUUGGUCAACCUCGAGCGAGCUAGAGAUGAUCUCCGCUUUCGAGGUGUGAAGGGCACGACUGGCACACAGGCAUCUUUCCUACAGAUCUUUGACGGUGACCACUCUAAGGUUGAGCGACUUGACGAGCUGGUGACCGAGAAGGCAGGCUUUGGAUCCGCCUACAUCAUCUCCAGUCAAACCUACACCCGUAAGAUCGAUGCUGAUGUCCUCAACGCACUCUCCUCUUUUGGCGCAACAUGCGAGCACAUCGGUCAAGCCAUUCGCCUCCUCGCCUCCUUCAAGGAGCUCGAAGAACCAUUCGAGUCUACCCAGAUAGGAUCCUCGGCCAUGGCCUACAAGCGCAACCCCAUGCGUAGUGAGCGUCUCUGCUCCCUGGGUCGCAAGCUUCGCAACCUCAAUGCCGAUGCUUCAGCAACCUACGCCGCCCAGUGGAUGGAACGUACUCUCGACGACAGCGCCAUCCGCCGCAUGUGUCUUCCCCAAGCUUUCCUCAGCGCCGAUGCCUCCCUGAUCCUCCUCAACAACAUCGCCUCAGGCCUUGUCGUCUACCCGGCUGUCAUUCGCAAGCGUGUACAAGCCGAGCUUCCCUUCAUGGCCACGGAAAACAUCAUUAUGGCUCUUGUCAAGAAGGGCGUAUCCCGCCAAGACGCCCAUGAGGAGAUUCGUGUCCUCUCCCACGAAGCAGGCGCAGAGGUCAAGCAGCAUGGCAGGGACAACGAUCUCAUCGAGCGCAUCAAACGCACCCAGUUCUUCGGCCCCAUCAUCGGCGAGCUCGACGAACUGCUCAAGCCCGAAACAUUCAUCGGCAGAUGUCCCGAGCAGGUCGAGACGUUCUACGAACGCGAGGUCAGCAAGGCAUUGAAGAAGUACUACGAUGCUGGGUCUUUGAAGGUUGGCGAGGCGGCCGAGCUGCAUGUUUAGGUGAAGUUGGGUAGAUGAAUCAGGUAUACGUAUAGGGAUGACUUCUGUUCAGGUCCCAAAAAGAGUGGACGAUGGAUAGCAGAAACUCAACAAAAGGGAAACAUAAAAAAUCACCACUGUAGAAAUUCAAAAGUAUAGUAUGGUAUUCAGUAUGGAUGAAAUGCUGUAAAAUGUGAUGAGAAAUAAUUCCAAUAUCACAAUGUUGGGGCUACAUCACUCUGUGUUCUCAAUGCCUGCCGAAGCAGCCUUACUAUUAUUCGAGAAUAUCGACACUAU